CCAAAAGUUUAUGAAAUUAUAUAGAAGAGUAUUAAUGCAAGUAUGUAGUUUUCAUUCUAAAGCUUAGGGAUAUUGGUGAGAUGUUGCUCCUAUCGGAUGAUCACCUACACGCAGGUCGUUCAAAUGUAUAAAACUUUCGUGCACAUGCAGGAGAGAGUUUGUAGCAGUCGCCGACGCUGUCGACAUUAGCAAGGUGUGUGCUCGUGCGCUUCAGUUUACCUGAAUUUUUUAUCCUAUGUGAUGAAUUCUAUAUUACAAUAUUUGACAUGUCCGGGAAGAAGCGUUCGGCGAGUAAGAAAGAGACGCGUUAACGGUGGAUCGGUGGAGUAGCGAGGAUCGUGAUCGUUUGAUCGUCGCUGGAAGUCAAUGUCGAGAUACACGGUCGCAGGUAGUCGCCCUCUACUACGCUCUCACGUAAAGAUUGGUUCGUGCGUGUGUGGAGGCUCGUAGUAGUCGCGACGCUGCCGAGAGCAGCGGUUGAAGUGCCUGCACGUCGCUCUUCGUGAUAUCUUCGUGUCCAGUGUCCUCGUGUAUUUUUUUCUGCACAAAUUGCUUCGCAUUCGAUUGGUGAAAGUGUUCGUAAAAGGAUUAAUAAUCGACCACGGUGUGCUGGGUGUGACUCACGAUGUGACAAAAUUGGGCGACCUUGGCGGGACGAUGGAGCGCAAGAUGGCCGCUAGGUAAACGUGGCGAAGAGGGAACAACUCGGCGAAGAUGGGACUCUCGUCCGCGAGGACAGAACACGAGAAGGAGCGCGUGCUGUAAGAGGGUGGCUGCCAUGGCGACGUGGAAAUGGAUCCUCCUGUUGCUCGCGGCCUUCUCUACCCUAACCGACGCCUACCUGACCGUCCUGUCCUCCAGCACACCCACCGGAAGCGUGGUGUUCGAGGCAGGUGUACCGCAGUUAGGCGGUCGUCGGAAAUACGAGGUCUCUUGCGAACGAACAGCUUGGUUCGCGAGAAAAUUGCUCAAAGUACAUCCUCAUACUGGUCGCGUCACAUUGGCACGACCGCUGAGCUGCGAUGGCCUUCAGUAUCCACGGAUUUUCACCUUCUACGUCGACUCUACCAGCUCCAGACUGGGCAGACCGACGAUAGAUUACUACAGUCUACCGUUGAGGAUACUGAUAACCGGGUGUGGCGGCGAAAAUCGUGAUCUAGCCGCCACUAGAGGAUGGAUGGCGGAGACCUUGGCUUCGUACGCUAUGCCUAGCACCGAGAGGUUCACCGAGGUAUGCUUGAGAACGUCCCAGCUGGUUGCUGCUUUGCGCGAUUUUCUUCCACAAACGGCCUUAAAAGAAUGCGAGACAAGGUGGGGCGGAGUAGCAGAUCCCAGGUUCUUGAUAGAAGGCGCGGCAGGGGACUUAGUGUCAGCCACUGAACAAUGUUUAGUGGAUCCUCUUUGGAAGAUCUCGGUAUCGAUGAACCUUAGAUGUGGGAUGGAAUCGCGGGUAACGGACGCCGAGCAUCGUUUGAAGAUCGUCUUCCACCAUCGUCAACUGGACGACACGGAUCUGGGCAGACGAGUCAGAAGAGAAUUGAAGAACCAAUCGCCGUACUUUGAACAGCCUCUGUAUAUGGGAGCCGUGGAAGAAGAGAAAGAUCCCGGGGUGUACGUCACUUCCGUUCGCGCAAGAGAUCCCGAAGGUGGCACGGUUCGUUACUCCAUGAGUUCCUUGUUGGAUGCCAGGUCCCAGUCUUUGUUGGUCCUUGACCCCGUGAGCGGUAGAGUUACCACUAGGGCAAGAUUGGACAGGGAAAGCGUGGACGUGCAUUACUUCAAGGUUUUGGCAGUGGACGAUUCCUUUCCACCGCGAACGGGCUCUACCACCCUCCAGGUAAACGUCUUAGACGCGAAUGACCAUGCACCAAACUUCGAGUGGCCGGAGUACGACGCGUCCGUUCGGGAAGGCGUCCCAGUGGGCUCGACGGUGGUCACGGUCAAAGCGACGGAUCAGGACGCUGGCAGGAACGCGGAGCUCGAAUAUUCUAUCUUGUCUACGACCAGCGGAAGUGGAACGGCGAACAGCGAAGAUACCUUGAUCUUUCGUAUUGACCCCAGGUCAGGAGUAGUUACGACUCGCACCCCGCUCGACAGAGAGAAAACCGAGGUGUACACGGUGAUUUUGAGCGUGUCAGACCAGGCGACUCCGCCUUCCGCGAGGAAAACGGCGAACGCCACUCUGGUGGUUCGAGUAUUGGACGAUAACGACAACUACCCUCAGUUUACCGAACGCACCUAUUCCGUAUGGAUACCCGAAGACUUGGACUACACGGCUAAUCCGGUAAUUGCUCGAAUAAGAGCUACGGACGCGGACUCUGGGAACAACGCGGCUGUUAGAUACGCCAUCAUUGGUGGAAAUACACAGAACACCUUCUCCAUAGACUCCAUGAGCGGUGACGUCGCUCUCGUGAAACCACUCGACUAUGAAUCGACCAGGAGUUACAAAAUUGUAAUACGUGCACAGGACGGUGGUUCACCUGCACGUUCCAACACUACGCAGUUAUUGGUGCACGUGAAGGACGUGAACGAUAAUGCUCCGCGCUUUUAUACGAGCCAUUUUCAAGAAUCCGUAUCGGAGAACGUGGCUAUAGGAUGUUCGAUCUUGAGGAUACAGGCGUACGAUGCUGACGAAGGAGCCAACGCUCAGAUCAAAUACACUAUCGGAGCUCGAGAUUUUUCCGGAGCCUCGACAGAGAACUUUCCUAUAACCGUCAGUUCGGAAACUGGAUGGAUCUAUACGACGAAGCAAUUGGAUCGCGAGCAAUGUUCCAGAUAUCAAUUUACGGUAAUUGCAGCGGACUCGGGAGAGGCUCCAAAAUCGGCUAGUGCCACCGUGAUACUUACAGUCACCGACGUGAACGAUAACGACCCCUAUUUCGAUCCAAAAAAUUAUGAAGCCGUGGUGUCCGAAGACGAUCCACCAGGCACUCCAGUUACCUCCGUUACGGCCACCGAUCCCGACGAAGAUGCUAGGAUACAUUACGAGAUCACCACGGGUAACACCAGAGGUCGAUUCUCGAUCGCAUCUCAGAACGGACGGGGUUUGAUAACGGUCGCGCAGCCCCUCGACUAUAAACAGGAAAAGAGGUUUGUGCUGACUGUCACAGCUUCCGAUAGCGGAGGAAGAACCGACACGGCUCUCGUCUACGUGAACGUUUCGGACGCGAACAAUUUUUCGCCCGUCUUUGAAAACGCACCCUAUUCUGUCUCCGUAUUCGAGGAUGCACCCAUCGGUACCACGGUCCUUGUUGUCAGCGCAACCGAUUCGGAUGUUGGAAAGAAUGCUCAAGUUACUUAUAGUUUGGAUACGGAUGGCGGGGAUCAAUCAGCGUCCGAAUUCACCAUAAAUCCUCAAACUGGAGCCAUAACAACCACUCGGCCCCUUGAUCGUGAGCUCAUACCCGCAUAUCUCUUGACGGUUACGGCGAGAGAUGGGGGUGUACCGCCAUUGUCCGACACUACCGAUGUUGAGAUAUCAGUUACCGACGUAAACGACAAUUCUCCGGUUUUCGAAGCUCCACAAUAUCAGGGCUCGAUCCCGGAAGACGUAUUGGUCGGCACCAGCGUUCUGAGAGUUUCUGCUACGGAUGCGGAUACGGAUCUCAACGGCAGGGUAAGAUACGCGUUAGAUGACGACGGUGACGGGGCUUUUGCCGUAGACUCGACCACAGGAAUAAUCAGAACAGCUAAGCCGUUGGACAGAGAAUCGGUGGCGAGGUACGUUUUGAAAGCUAUCGCUAUGGAUAGGGGUUCUCCCUCGCUCUCGACGACAGUACCAGUUACCAUCAAGAUUGAAGAUAUAAACGAUUCACCUCCUGCUUUUGAAAACGACAAAAUCGUUCUCUACAUAGCGGAGAACUCACCUGUAGGCUCUACUGUCGGUGAAAUCUACGCGCACGAUCCGGACGAGGGACCAAACGCCGUUGUGCAAUACUCCGUGAUAGGAGGCGAAGAUUCCAACAGUUUCGCAUUGAAUGUUAGACCAGGCUCAGAUCGUGCCGAAUUAAUCACUCUAGAAGAGCUGGAUUACGAGUCUCCCAAAAAAAAAUUCGAGCUGGUCGUGCGUGCUGCCUCACCUCCUCUCAGAUCAGAUGCUUUGGUUCAAAUUUUGGUAACGGACGUGAACGAUAACGCGCCCGUGUUAAAAGAUUUCCAGAUCAUCUUCAACAAUUUUAAAGACUUCUUUCCCACCAUGCCUAUUGGCAAGAUACCCGCGGUCGACGCGGACGUCACGGAUAAGCUCACGUACACCAUCCUUGCUGGUAAUAACGCUAAUUUAAUCGACCUGAACAGGACCACUGGAGAGAUCCGUUUGUCUCCGCAACUGAACACUAACGUGCCACGGGUGGCGACGAUGGAAGUCUCUGUCACAGACGGCAUCAACGAGGUCAAAGCCACCAUGACCUUGUCCGUGCGUUUAAUCACCGACAAGAUGCUUCUGAAUUCCAUCACUGUUAGAUUAGACGACAUGACAGCCGAGGCUUUCCUCAGUCCCUUGUUGGGCUACUUUCUCGACGGCCUGGCGGCAAUUAUCCCGUGUCCCAGAGAGAACAUAUUUCUGUUCAGCAUUCAGGAGGAUGCGAACGUACACGGAAAGAUUCUGAACGUGAGCUUCUCUGCUCGCAAAGUCGAGCCAGGCAUGACCGACGAAUUUUAUAGUCCGCAAUUUCUUCAGGAACGCGUGUACUUGAACAGGGGUAUCUUGGCUAAAUUAGCCACCGUUACUGUGUUGCCUUUCGACGACAAUCUCUGCGUAAGAGAGCCUUGUUUAAAUUUUGAAGAAUGCUUGACUGUGCUGAAGUUCGGCAACGCUUCUGGAUUCGCGAGUAGCGAUACCGUGCUUUUCAGACCGAUAUAUCCGGUGACUACAUUCGCCUGUAGGUGUGCAAAGGGUUUCACCGGAAGCAAGGAAUCCUACUUAUGCGACACGGAAGUCAAUUUGUGUUAUUCGAAUCCUUGUAUAAACGGUGGUACCUGCUACAGGCGGGAAGGUGGUUACGCUUGCUCUUGUAGUCCAGAGUUCGCAGGGGAGAAUUGCGAAAUCUCCCUGGACAAGGACCCUUGUGAGCCUGGUGUCUGUAAAGGAGGUUCUCAGUGUACCAUCAAAACCACCGGUGGUUUCACCUGCGAAGGAUGCCCCGUAACUACUUUAGAAAACGUGACUCCUCUUUGCGAACUCAAAGCACGUAGCUUUGGACCUGAAACUUUCCUCACGUUUGCCUCCCUGAAGCAGAGGCAUAGGUUGCAUCUGAAAUUGAAGUUUGCUACUGAAUCCGCGAACGGAUUAUUGCUCUACAACGGUCGGUACAACGAGAAGCAUGAUUUCAUAGCGCUGGAAAUAAUCGAAUCACAAGUGCAGUUCAGCUUUUCUCUGGGGGACGAAAUCACUCGAGCGAGUGCCAGCAUACCUGGUGGGGUUUCCGACGGUCAGUGGCACGAAGUGGAAGUUUCGUAUAUAAACAAAACUGUGACGAUCUCUCUGGACAACUGUGACAUCGCUUUGGCUCUAGAAUUUGGUGAUAGAUUGGGUCCAAAGUGGUCGUGCGCAGGAAGAAGCGAACAAGUGCUUGAAGAGCGCUGCAGUAUUAUCACCGAGACGUGUCACCGAUUUUUGGACUUAACGGGACCCCUACAACUGGGCGGUUUACCUGCCAUACCCUCCAGUUUUCAGAUCAGAAAUAAGGAUUUUGUCGGUUGCAUCAGUGACCUCUAUAUCGAUCACAUAUUCAUCGAUUUAAAUUCCUUCGUAGCCGAUAAUGGUACCAACCCAGGCUGUCCAGAAAAGGCUUCUUUCUGUUCAUCCAUGCCAUGCAAGAACAACGGGAAGUGUCGCGAAGUGUGGUCCGGAUUCGUCUGCGAGUGCGAGGAAAACUUCGCAGGACCUACUUGUACCGACGAGGUUGGUAAACCCUGGAACUUCCACGGCGACGGUAUGCUCAGUUUCAACCCUCUACUGAGACCUAUUCAGCUACCCUGGUUAACAGCCCUGAGCCUGAGGACGCGCGCGAAACAGGCGUUCGUCAUGAGCGUGCAAAUAGGACAAAACAGCUCGGCGUUGCUGGAAAUCCGAGAGGGCAAACUGGUCGCUCUGCUGGAUGGCGCGGAUAUUGUACAGACCGCUAACAAUGUGGCCGACGGUGAGUGGCAUCGCAUCGAGAUUCUCUGGCAGAGUGGACAAGUCUCCUUGGACCGGGAUUACCGCAACAGGCCCAUAUCGUCUCCGCUGCCAGCGAAAUUGCAGGGACUCUACGUUGGCAGGAUCCUGGUGGGUGGACCGGAACAGUCGAUGAACACGGAACUGCCGUUCUUCGAUGGUUGUCUGCAGGACAUCCGCAUCGGCACUAAUCAGAGUGUACUCUUGCGGCCCACCGUUCAGGAAAACGUCGCGACUGGCUGCAAUUCUGAAGCCGAGUGCAGUGUCGACUGCCCAGACGCGUCGAUCUGCGUGGCCAAAUGGCAAGCCAGCGAGUGCGUAUGCGCGGCGGGUCGAGUUGGCCGCAAUUGUGAACGAGUUUGCGAUUUAAAUCCUUGCAAUAACACCGGCGUUUGUGUGGAGGAUUCUAGUUUGCGCAAAGGAUACAGGUGCGAGUGCGAUUCGCCAGAGUACUCUGGAGAUUAUUGCGAGAUCAGAGCCGACCAACCUUGUCCCGCUACGUGGUGGGGAUCACCCGUCUGCGGACCCUGUCAUUGCGACGAAUCCAAAGGCUACGACCCUGCCUGCAACAAGACCACUGGCGAAUGUUACUGCAAGGAGAAUCACUAUCAACCUCCUGGAAAGAAGGAGUGCAUCCCUUGCGAGUGCUAUGCGACCGGAAGUUUUGGUCCUCGCUGCGACACCGAGACCGGACAGUGUCGGUGUCGUAUCGGGGUUAUUGGACGAUCUUGCACGGCGUGUCCCAAUCCUUACGCGGAAGUUACCCUUCGUGGUUGCGAGGUUGUGUACGAUGGCUGCCCUAGAUCUUAUGCCGAGGGUCUUUGGUGGCCAAGGACGAAAUUUGGAAUGAUCGCAGUCGAGGAUUGUCCGGAUACAGCUGAAGGAAAGACAUCCAGAUCCUGUGACGAUAAACUGGGCGGCUGGCAAGAGCCAGAUUUGUUCAACUGCACCUCGGAGGCGUUCAUCGAACAAAGACAUCAGUUGGCAGCGUUAGAAAUGAAAGAUUUGACACUGAACACUUAUGUAGCGGUUAAGAUAGCUAAGGAUGUGCAUGCUGCGAUGAAUUUGACGAAGGAGUUGUACGGAGCAGACUUAUUGAUCGCUGAAUCGUUAUUAGUCGCGUUAUUGCGGUACGAGGAAAGCCUGGUAGGUUUGAAUUUAACACACAGUCAGGAUAAGGAUUACGUCUCCCACCUGGUUGGUAUUGCUAGCAGUAUUUUGAAAUCCAAAUAUAAGGAAAAAUGGGCCAGAAUCGAGACCCUUAACGGAGAUACCCCUGAUAAAAUCUUAGAUUCAAUGGGGAGCUACUUGAAGAUUCUGACCGCGUCUCAACAUGAUACUUUCACAAAUCCUUUUGAAGUGGUUGAUGAUAACGUUGUGUUAGGCUUGGACGUGGUAACUUCAGAAAGCUUAUUCGGGUACGAGACAGCUGAGUACAAGGAAGAUCCAUCAGCGUCAACGGCCAGACCAUCCGAAGCGGAUCAGAAAGUCGUGAUUCCUGAUACAUCAGGAUUUCUUUCCUCCCCUACACAUUUUGGUCCUUCGAUUACCUUCCCUAAAUACAACAAUUACAUGGCUGAUCCGAACAGAUUCGAUCCGUACUCGAAGAUACGUGUCCCUCUUGACGUGUUAGGCAUUAAACAGUUAAUGCAAGGAGAAUUGAAUGUUAAAAAAAGUUUGGUCAAUCGAAAGGCUGUGCUAAGUUACGUGCAAUAUAAACAAUUAGGCGCUCUUCUGCCUCAAAGAUUCGAUGAUUCUGUAGCGGUGAGAUGGGGCGUAGAAGUAGCAGUAGGAUCACCCGUUGUGACGGUAUCCGUUUUAGUCCCUUCUGACGAAGGUUACGAGUCCCUCACUGGAAUUCCUCUACAAUCUCCGGUUCAGAUCAGCCUCUGGCUCAGCGAGAAGGAUGAUCUUAAGACUAGAACCAAUCCACAGUGCGUGCAUUGGAGCACAGCUAGGGGGAUUGGUGAAUGGAGUCGAAUGGGUUGCACCACCGAAGUCGAGGACGACUCCUUGUCCUUUGGCACAAUUGUUAAUUGCUCAUGCUUUCAACUCUCUACUUUUGCGAUAUUGACGGAUGUCCUCGAUCUGGAAUACGUUCCAGAACCAUCAUUGUUAGAGGAUGUAACAAGUUACAGUGCAUUCAUGCUCGCGCUGCCUUUACUCUUGUCUGCCUUGCUCAUUCUGGCCUUAAUACGUGGCGGUAGCACAAAUUCAAAUAGUAUACACAAAAAUCUAGUGAUGUGCGUAUUUUUCGCCGAAGUGCUAUACCUUAUAGCUCUUAAAGCCAGGAGCCCUCUAGUCUCGAACGAAUUUCCCUGCAAAUUGACAGCAAUUGGCCUGCACUACGCGUGGCUUAGUACAUUCUCGUGGACUCUGGUUGACUCUAUUCAUCUUUAUCGAAUGUUGACCGAAAUGAGAGACGUGAACCACGGACAAAUGAGAUUUUAUUAUACGAUGGGCUAUGGUGCCCCUGCCAUUAUCGUUGGGCUAACGAUAGGGGUUAGAGCCGACCAGUAUGGCAACUUUUACUUUUGUUGGUUGUCGAUCUACGAAACUGUGAUUUGGUCUUUAAUAGGACCAGUAUGCGUUGCCGUGUUCGUAAAUUUCUGCAUCCUGAUCAUGUCAGUACGCGCGGCCUUUACCUUGAAGGAACACAUCAUGGGCUUUGGAAAUUUGAGAACGUUACUUUGGCUAUCCGUAGCCUCCUUGCCUUUACUCGGAUCCACCUGGACUUUGACAGUCCUUAACGCGUCCGAGAACUCGCCAACGUUAUCGUAUUUGCUCAGCAUAGCGGUGGUCGUUCACGCGGCUUUCAGUUUGAUCGGUUAUUGCUUCAUCAAUGGCAGGGUGAGAAGAAACCUGUACUUGAGCCUACUGAGGUGUAUCGGAAAGAAAACGCCUUUAUUAGAGGGAAGCAUGGGAAAUGGAAGCAGCAGCCAGAAUGUGAAUGGUCAUUCGAGAUCAGCGUUGGCGUACUCGUCAACGUACAGUGGAGCAGAAUCUGUGUGUAGAAGGGUUCAUGUAGGAGUUUCAACUAGCAGCACAACUUCUCGAAGUACAAAUAAAACUGGGUCCAGCCCCUAUCGUAGUGAUACGCACUUAAGGCAUACCUCAACGUCUACAAGUAAUUACAAUAGCGAUAGAGAUCCCUACAUGUCGUCCAGGAGUCACAGAUCCGCGUUGCAUUCUAGACAAGAAACGACAGAAACACGGACUCAACGUAGAGAUUCCGAGUCGGAUUCAGAUGGAUCCCAAGCUGAGGGUGGUGGUAGGAGUUUAGAUCUUGCGAGUUCGCAUAGCUCCGACGAAGAGGAUGUAGCGUCGAGAUCUCAUAGGAACAUGGGAGUAUCGACGCAGCAACCUGUUGCGCACAGCUAUUUGCCCAACAUCCACAAUAAUCCUACCGAACACUUGAACAUACUUUGCUCAAAUACGGAACUCUUUCCAAAUAUUAAGCCUAUUUAUGCGCCUAGAUGGAGUUCCCAACUGCCAGAAGCAUACCUGUCCUCGAACGUGAUAGACGUGAGAGGUAGUCAAUGGUCAGGAGGUACCAUGUCCGACAACGAGAUGGCGUCGAACAAAACGUCCAGCCCAAAUCCACUGCCUUACCCUGAAAUGAGCUCACCCCAGAAAAGUCAGCCGGACGAAAAUUAUUCCGAAGGCGAAGAAAAGAUUCACCAUCUGGGAGAGAAGUAUUUGUUCCCUUACACCGCUGAGGAAGAUCACACCAUCUCGCCUACCCCCUACAUGUUACCCAUGUCUUCCCGGAUCCUAGCGUCCAGCAUGAGUCACCAUUCGCAGAACUCGAACCACGAGAAUAUGAGCGGUUCAGAAAGGUAUGGAAGCUUGAAAAGGGGGCAGAGUCUGCACGGAUCCCAGCACGAUAACCUCAGCGGUUCUGAAAGAUACGGAAGCCUGAAGCGAGGUAAAAUUACGCCGACUGUGCUGGAGGAUUCGCCGGAAUAUAUUCUACCGAUGAGCGGUAGAAUAUUGUCCAGUUCGUUGAGUCAUGAUCUACAGCACAGUAACGAGUUGGCUGCUCUUCGGCAACAGCAGCAGCAGCAAUACGAGCAAACAAUCACCGAGACAGAGAAGGAUACUAAUGCGGAAACGUCAGUAUGAUGGGCUCCGUGCUACAAACAAACACCGUACAAAGUAAUCUAACGUACUAUUAGCUUAAAAUUCAAAUGAUAUAUAUAAAUAUAUAAAUAUACAUAUAUUUCUUAGAGCUGUAAGUGCUCUAAGAUAUAUUUUAAGAGCGGCCAUGACUGUACUUAAGAGGUUAGCCAUAUCGGUUAGUAUGUAUGUGUGAGUGCCUGUACGUAUCUAUACGCAUACGCUUGUCGUUAUUUCGUUUCGUGUGAUUUUACGCCUCGGUUUCGAAGCGUGUUUCUUCCGAUUCUCUUCGCGCGCUAUCACGAAUCUUUAUCGACGAUAACGAACGCGAAUUGUCGGAGGACAAAAUGAUCUCUAGUUCAUUUCAUUGCUCGUGUAAUUAACUUCACUUCCUCCAGUACCUUAAUUCUCUUUAACUCAGUAUUCGUGCAAUGUAUACAUUCCACUUCCUUUAUAUAUAUAUAUUUAGAUUCUAAUCUCUUUUUUCUCUUUUAUCUUUUCCUCUUUUUUUAAGAAGUUUACAAUGUUUUAUACAUGCCAUGGAAUAAGCGUACAACCGUGCAACGCAAUUUUCAUAGUUUUGUAUAUAUUUAUAUACGAAAAGAAUGUGACAAAAUACAUAAUUUAUAUAUAUCCUUCA